UAUCAUUUGUUUUCUGAAAAUUAUGCAUGAGUUAUUAUAAUUAUUUUCAUCCACAGGAUAUAUUUUUGGGCUGUUCUUUUAAACUAGGUAUAAGAGAUCUUAGUAGGCAGGCGGUAGUAGAUUCUUUUAAUUUCAAUUAGAAGUUUUUGGUUUGCAAGAGAAUUAUUCUGUGGCAUAUUACUGAUGAUAGACGUUGAACUGAUUUAUUAAAUUCGUCUGGAAAUUUAAGCUUAUGUUCAGGUUAAUAUUAUUUAAUAGUGUUAUUAUACAGAGUAAUAUUUACCGCUUUAUCUAGCUUUCUUUCGGAGUUUUCCCGAUUAUUUCGAAAAAACAUUGAAAAAUAAAAAAAUGACGUGCCUAGUGCACCGAGGAGAAAAAAUUAUUUUUCAGAAAAAGUACUAUAGUCCUUCGAAGUAAGUUUUUAAUAGAAAACUUGUUCACAGACACAUGAAAAAAAAUAUACAAAAACACACACCAUACAUCCACAAACCAAUAGAUCCCUCACUACGUUCCGAAUCUAAAAGAUAUGGACAUACUUCGCACAAUAGGUGGGGCCACUGUUGUAGAUGAGGAAGGUAGAGGGGAAAUUUAAUGUAUAUCUGUAACGAUUAACCAUUGCUAACGAAAAAACUAUUCCGAAAGCAGUUCGGUUGAUGGCGUUGCUUUAUCAACAAUAUAUAUGUCACAUUAUGGUAAAAUAAUAACAUACAAUUUUUUAAUAUAAUUUAAAAUAUUUUCUAUAAUAAUAUUUGUUAAAUAUUAUACCUAUUUACUAGUUUUUCAAAUUUUUUGGAAAAAUUCCUGGAAAAAUCAAAAAAUGUCUUCCCUAAAUUACCACCCUAGUCAGAUUUCCUUUUAGAAACAGUGCUAUAAUUAAUUAUCGGAGCGAAAUUGCUGAUAGAAAAGUUGUACAAUUAAAAACAAAAAAAAUAUUGUAAAAUAAAUAAUAUACAUGGAUAGGUAUCUAUAUUGAAAGUCAUUGCAAUUGCACAAACGGUCAACGGCGUAGGUACAAUGUCAAGUUGAGGGUUAGGUUCAUAAAAAAAAACUAUUGGAAAGAAAUAAUUACCGGGAAUAGGUAGUAUGCAACCUAACAACCGUAAUAUUAUACAAGUGUUUAUCUAACCAUACAUUAGACGUUCUUAUCGUUAAUAUCCAUAAGGUCAUUGACCUGACCUUAACACAUAUAGAAUAAAUUAAGCUACAGCAGACUACAUUGUUCAUAACUACCUCCCAGAAACUGUACGACCGGAGCCAGGUGACUAUCGUCGAAAAUGGUAAGAACUGUCUAACCGAAUAUUUUCCAAAAAAUUACAAUACAUUUUAAAAUACCUACUUACCAAAUUAAAGAAAACACGAGCGUAUUAAUGAAUUAUUUCUCCUUUGCAGGGACAAACCAUAAAAUUACUCCGGGGCACGAGUAUUAAUUUGUUGGCACUCGUCGGACUCUUUACACUGCUGCCUGGGCCUCCCAAUGUCACCUUUACAAAAUACAAGUAAGUUCUCGCACGAAUAUAACAAAAAGUACACAGAAAAGUAUUGUUGAACAAUUAUAAAAUAAGAUUUGUACGAUUUUAUUGAUUUACAAUAGUCAUUAAAAAUAUGAUUUGUUUAACAUAAAAAAAUAUAGUAUUUUACGUUUAACACAAUAUUAUAAUAAUAGGUAAUUAAUAAUUUCUAUGUCGCAUCUAAAGAAAAUAAUCCGUGUGUUCCUCGAUAAACUCGAUUAUCAAUCAGAUGAAAGUCAAGGAACACAGAUUUAUAUUAAAACCACAAAUAUAUAAAACAUUCGUUUUAUAUAUCUGUGAUUAAAACGCAGAAUGCUCAUCUAUCAUGAUUUUCAGAAUAUCAAAAAAAUAAUUAUUUGUUAAAAAUUAAAUAAAUUAUAUUCAAUAUGAGAGAUUUUUCAUGUAAUGUUUGUAUUAAAUGUAUUGCAAUAAAUUACAUGGAAAACCGCAAUAACAAAAAUAAAUUAAAAAGUGUUUGUUGCUAUUAUCAUUGAAACAAAAUAAUUAAAUAAACAAACACAUAAACAUAAAUAAUAUUGCUAAUUAUUGUAAAACGGAAAAAAACGGUAUGGCUAAAUGGUGAUAACAACACAAAUUAUGAUAACACAUUUCUAUCGUCUAGCCUCUAGUGCACCAUUUAAUUUUGUAGAUCGAACAUCAAAUUCAUCGAGAAGCAAUCAAAUUAAUCAAAUAUGAUGAGAAACACCGAAAUCCAUAGGAUUAUUCAUCUGAUUGAUAAUCACAUGAGUCAUGAUUAACUAAUUAAUCAUGGAUAAUCUAAGUUGUCGAGAAACACGGAAAUUAUUAUAUUAUACGUUAUGCAGUAUGUCAAUAUCAAUAAUAACCAUGGUAUAGGAGUAAAAUAAUCCUAAUAAAAUGUGUAUUGAGGAAAAAAAUGUUUUUGUUAUGCAUCCCCCUCCCCCCAUUUAACGAUGUCUUAAGCUGGAACUUUUUCAGAAUAUUGUUUUUUUCUGAGAACUUACCAAAAAUAAUAGGUACCUGUCUAUAUAUUGUAAUAUAAAUAGUUAUAAUAAAAAUAAAUGUAAUUAAAUUUGAAUUAAGGUAAUUAAUUUAGUAUUGGUAGCUGGUUUUAUGAUUUAAUAUUUAGGUUCCUUUUUUCUUUUUCUUUGACUUAAUUUUGUUUUUCUAAAUAAGUGUUGAGCUAUCAUAAUCACUGUUUAGAAGCUAAUAUAAAAAAAGUAAAUAAAUGUAUUAAGUAGGUAGGUACUUAUAUUUUGAUUUUUUUAAAACAAAAACAAUGAAAAAUUUUAAUAUGGGAUUUUAACUGAUUCAACUUUGUUUUAUUAUUAAAUAUGCAUACAUCAAUAUUUUAAUAUUUUAAUAAUUUAUAUUGCCAAAACAGUGUACAACCACAAAGAUCUUUAAUUGGGCCAUUACAGUUGAAUCAAAAAUUGUUUGGAAUAUCCAAACUCUAUGAAAAUCAAAUUAAAGGACCAGAAGGGCUAUUAUAUCAUAAUAAUACAUUAUAUUUAACUCUCCAUUAUGGCCAUGUUGUGAAAAUAGUUGAUAAUCAAAUUGUUCCUGUGGUGAAGUUUGGAAAAGUAUGCGGUGCGUAUAUUACUUAUUGUUUUAUUUGUAAAUAAUAUUAUUUCUUGUAGAAAAAAUUAAUUAUUUUAUCAAUUAAAUCAUGUACUUAGUGAGGAUUACCUACUCAAGUAAUGUUAAUAUUAUACCAUUAAAAUAUAUACGAUUAUAGAUUGUCUAUACAUUAAUCUGUUUUAUUUUAAUAUUAUUGAUUACCAACAUUUAUUUCUCUCAAGACACUCAUUUUUUUUUUAUAAAGAACAAAAUAUAAUACCCAAUAAAUAAUUUUUAAUUCUGAUAAUUAUUAUAAUAAUAGUCUUCCUAAAAGCUGUUAUUCAUAGAAUUAUGUUAGUUUCACAGUUGAAACAAUCUUUAGUAAUUUACCUUAUAAAUUUAUAAAUUAUUCAUUAUGAGGAAUUUGAAAAGUAAGAGCCAUUUGGUCAUAAAAACAAAUUAUAAUCAUAAGAAACAGAUUUUAUUAGCAUAUUUAGUUUCUUACAAACCUACUUCACUUCUCUACAUAGUCGUCAUUUACUUCUAAGCAUUUUCUGUACUGUUGCAUCAGCUUCUUUAACCCCUCUGUAUAGGAACUCUGUUUGAGAAUUAAAUCAGUUGAAAUUUUCUGCGACAAUUGUCUUAACAGUGGUAUGUCCAAGAUGAAAUAAUUCAGUCAGGGCACUAAAUGUCAAUCAAUAAUCAGAUCGCAGUCAGUCUGUUUAUUAGUCCUGCCACUCUGCUUUUCGGCAUACACAUUUGUUCAUCCAUUUUUUAAACCACAACACCAUUGUCUAACCUUUCCUCUAUUCAUUAUUGUAGGCCUAUAAACUAGGUACAACUCUUGAUGAAUUUCAGCAGCUGAAAAUCCUUUAGCACACAAAAAUCUUAUCACAGUGGCCACUUCACAACUGACGCGAGAAAAAAUCCUCUUUUCCAAUAUGUCUUAUAUUCUAGAACAAUAAAUGCAUAGUGAAUGCAUGCCAGUAAAUAAUUUUUACUGUUAACAUGUAAUGUGAAUCUCCAAAUUCCUAUUAAACACUGUUAAAACACUUAAUAAUUAUUAACUCUCUUGAAAUAUGAUUUUAGAUGGAUUAUAUGAAGAGCAUAUUUGUGGCCGUCCACUUGGCUUAAAAAUGGACAACAAAGGAUUUUUAUAUGUAGUAGAUGCAUAUUAUGGUAUUUUUAAAGUAAAUAUUCAUUCUCCAGUUCAUUAUGGUAUGUUUUAACAAUACUUUCUUGUUUGAUUAGUCAUUAUUUAAUAAUUUAUUAUCAUAGAAAAUUAAAAUUAAUAAAGUAUACAUGAUUACAUAAUAUUACAAUAAGCUUAAUUAAACUAUUUGAUAUUAUUAUGUUGAGAUAAUAGUGAUUAUAUAUAAAGGGAGUACAACCAACUGGUAGGUUGCGACAAAAAAACAAGAUACAAUGAAAGAAUUUAAUGUUUUACUAAAUAAACUGUCAUUGUUUUUUUUAAAAAAAAAUUGUUAAUAUACAAUUUAACAUCAAAAAUAAAUAACUAAAUUUUUUUUUUUAAUAAUAAUACUGUUUACCUUAUUAUACCACUGUAUGUCUUUGAAUUAUUUAUCAUCAUUUUUUUUUUAUAAUGCAAUUUUUUUUAUAUUUAUUUAUUUAGCAUAAUUUACAUGAAAAAUCUUUUAUUUUAUUAUAUUACUAAAAGUUCUGAUUUAAUUUUGAUAAAAUGAAGGUAAUUAUCUAUAAUAAUACAUAUCUCAAAACAAGUUUUGUUUCCUCUUGAACUUUGAUUUAUCACUACUAGGUUGGAUAUUUAUAAUAUAAAACAAUUUCAUUUUUUUUUACAUUUUCUCAGUAAUGUUUUAUAUUUAUAAUUUUUUUCUUGACAGAACUGAAGUAAUUUAAUGUUAUAUAAUAUGUAUACUAUUUUUAUUAUUUUAAUUGAUAACUUUAACUACAUUUUCUGGAGCUGUCUAAUCUUCAGCAAAUGUUAGUAUAAAAAUAUUGAACUAUUCAUAAAUUAUAAUAUUAUAAAUUAGCAUAUAAAGUUUAGAAAAGCUUAACAAAUUAUUCCUUUGUCGGUCCAUAUUUUGUACUAAUAUAAUAAAAGCAUUCAAAUAAUUGUACUAUUUCUAUAAUUAAAUAAACAGUAUUUUUAUUCUAAUUUUAUUAAUUUAAUAGGUGCAAAAGAGCAAAUUGUAUCUAUGGAUCAACCAAUUGAAGGUGUUCGUCCUAAAUUUCCAAAUUCUGUUACUAUAGCUUCAGAUGGUACUAUAUACUGGACAGACUCAGACACAAAUUUUAAACUACAUGAUGGUGUUUACACAUUAUUGGCUGAUGGCAGUGGAAGGUUAGUGGAUAUCAGUUUUUUCAAAUAAAUUGUAUUUUACAUUAGAAACUUUUAGAAUUAUAUGUAUAAAUUGUUCUAUAAUUAUUCAUGAAAAAUGUUAUAUUUAUAUUUUAUAGAUGUUCUUGUAUAAUAAAUAAAAUAUAUUAUGUAAAUUCAUAUACUUAUAUAUGUUUAUAUUUUGAGGUUAUUAAAAUAUGAUCCUAAAACAAAACAGAAUACUGUUUUAAUGGAUAAAAUGCAGUUCCCUAAUGGUGUGGAAUUAUCCAAUGAUGAAUCAUUUUUACUGAUAGCAGAAACGUUCAAAUAUCGUAUUAUUAAGUAUGUAUAUAAGAUUAUUAAAAUUUCAUAUUAUAUUUAAUAAUUAUAUAUAAAAAUAUGUAACUGGUUUUCAAUUAUUAGAUAUCAUUUAAAAGGCCAGUAUGCAGGACAUAAUGAAAUUUUUAUUGAUGGCUUACCAGGGAUGCCAGAUAACAUUAAAAAAAAUGCUGAAGGAUCAUUUUAUUUUCCAUUAGUCAUGUCAAGAAAACCAUUUUUAGAAAAUAUUGGCCAAUAUCCUACUUUAAGGAUGAUGAUUUUAAAAUUUCUUAGUAUCACUGAACAUACAAUUGAAAUGUUAGAAUCAUUUUAUCCUAGCAUAUACUUUAAAAAAUCUAUUCAUUGGGUAAAUACAAAAAAUAAUCAUAAAAAUCCUUUAUUUAUUAAUUGUAUAUAAUUAAUUUUUCGAAAAACCUUUUAAAAUAAUAUAUUUUUUAUUCUAAGUAUGUUGCCUCUAGUGUACUACUAAAAUUAAGCACUAAGUAAAGAACUCCUUUAACAUUUGAUGUCCAUUUAUUAAAAUUGUGCAUAAGUAAAUUAAAAUCUAAAUGCCCUUUUCAAUUUCCUAAAAAUAUAAAUCUGAAAUCUGAAAUGAUUGGGUACUAUUAUUAUUUAAUUGUUCACUAGGAAAAUGUUUACUGUACUUUAUAUAAAAAUUUAAACUACCAGUAGAUCUGUACAGAUAUAAUUAUAUAUUUUAAAUUCUUUACUCCAUAUUUCAUUUAUUAUCAAAUUAUAAUUUUUAUAAGACAAAACGUAUGCCCCUGUUCUAUAGCACAAUUGGUCAGUACAAGCUUAUGUUUUGGAAUAUUGGUAAAGAUAUCUAUAGUUUAGUAUUUGUAAUUUUUCUUUUUAAAAUGUUACAUAAUAAUAUAUUUUGUUGGAUUUCUUAUAUAGGGUGGGCAUUAUUACAAAUGCAGAAGUAUCUAUAAAUUAAUCAAUUUAAAAAUCAUACCGGGUGUAUGAGGUGAGGGUGGUGGUGUAUAUCAGUGACACUACAAAAAGAACAAUAACUAUAAUAUUAAAUUAUGAUUAUUUUUCAUUAUCAUUGGCCAGUAUGGUAGUUUUUGUUUAUUAUUAUUUUAAAUUUAAAUAUUUUAUUUUUCUUCAAUUUUAUGAAGUUAUAUUUGUAUUUGAAUUAUUAGGAUUUCAUUAUUUAUAAUUCAGUUUUACACAUUUUUUUCACAAUUCACUUUACUUUAAAUUAAUAGUUAUUAGUUACAGAUUAUUAAUUUAUCACUGAUAGUUUUCGCUUUAGUUACUGAUUAUUAUUAUUAUUAUCACCUGUAUAAACCCAGUAUUUAGUUGUAACUGUUGUAAGAUUAAAAUUGUGUACAUAUAUUCUCACAAUUAAGUAAAUAUAAAUAGGUAUUUAAAAUAUAUGUAAAUAUUAUUGUUUCAGAUAGGACAUUUUGAAUCACUAUCAUUUAUGAAGAAAAUCUUUGAUGAACCAGUUUCAAUUAUAGAAGUUAAUGAAAAAGGUACCAUAAAAUCCAGUUGGUAUAGUACAGGAGAAAAUGUUACAAAUAUAUGCGAUUUUGAAGUGAUAGGUGAAAAUGUGUACCUAGGAUCACCAUACAAUUCCUUUUUGGGUGUUCUUAAACUACCACGUGGGUUUUUUAAAUAAAAUAUUAAAAUAUUUUAUUUCUACAGAAAACAAAAUUAAAUUACUAAUGCUCAAUUUUAUUAAGGGUAUCAGAGCCACCUAUUUUAUUAUACAGAAUAAAUUAUAGGAAAAUUAAUUUAUUCAAUGCUCCAUUUCCAAAAAUACAUAUGUUUCAAUGUUGCCUGUGUAUUAUAACUUGUUAUCAUAUUGGUUAUACAUCACUGAAAUCUACUUCAUAUUAUUUUAGACUAAAAUAAAUUGUGUGUCCAUGUUAUAACAUUUUUCACACUUUCAAAAAUUGUUCUGAGCCCCACAAUAUUAUUCUUAUUAUUUUAUAGAAUUAGUCUUCAAUUAUAAUCAAAAUAAAUAUUUUAGUUUCACAGCAAUUAUUUUUGAACCAUUAUGUUCAAAUUGAGCACUCAGAAUGUUUCAUGAAAGUGAAUACUAAUAUUAUUAUUAUAUCAACAGGGGUAUUAUUUUACAAUAAACAAUUUGUUCAGCUAAUUGAGUCAUGUGACUACAAAUAUAAAUUGUAUACUAAUCCUAUGUACCAGAGUAAGUGUAAACAUUUUAGUUGUACAAAUAGAAUUUCCUAGUUUCUAUUUACAAGACCAAAUGAUUGUAUAAUCACCAUUGCACUUAAGUAGUGUAAAUGGAACAUCAAAUAUUGCCAACAAAUUACAAAAAAAAAAAAAACAACUGAAAUCUAUAAUAAACAACAACUCUUCUAAAUGUACACUUGUACAAGUUUAUAUUUUCUUUGUAUGAACAAGAACUCUGAUAUAUUAUUUUACUAGCCUCUCAUAAACCUUAGCAAAAUAUUAAAAGAAUUAGAAAACUGUUUUGCUCAAAAACACCGGCAUUGCCUCAUAAAGCCAUAUGAUAACAAAUUAAAUUUUUUCUUUAAAAAAAAACUCUUUAUAAAUCAUAUUGUACUCUGAUUUAAUUAUUAAUAAAAUAAAUACUUUUUAAUUGAGCAUUUGCCCAUGAUAAAUAAAAAAAAGUAUCAUUAUUUCAAUUAUUUAGGAAUUAUGAAAUGUUAAUUUUGCUAAUCAAAAUCCAACUUGAUCUGUACAAAUGUGGAUGAUUUACAAAGUACGUUUUCCCAUUUAAAAAUUAUCUAUAAGUACUUACUAAAUAAUAAUGCAUUGGCUCUGUCAGCUCUAAACAUUUUGUAUUAUUGUAUUAUAAUUUUUUUUAUAAGUAUAUUUUAUAUUUUAUUGUCAAUAUUAAGAUGAUGUGAAAAUAUUAUUGUAUAUUUAGCAUAAGAAAUUAAUAAUUUUAAAUGAUCAAAAUAAGAUUAAACAAUAGAUACUCUUAAUAUCUGUUUAAGGAAAUAUAAUUAUUUGUUGGUGGGUUUACGUACAUGAUGUGUAAUUUUAUUUUUUCUGUCUGAACAACUUUUUUUACCAAAACCUUGCUUUGAACAUUAGAGGAGUGGUGGCCAUGUGUUACUUUAUGUAGUUAGAGAAAAAUCAAAUUAAUUUUAAGACCUAACUAAAUUCACAUUUAAAAAUGUAUAUUGUAUCUAAUUGUUUUAAAAAGAAUAACAGCAAUAAUUAAAAAAUAAUCAUCAUUGAUAAUAAAUUUUUAUUUAAAACUUUUUUAAA